AUGUCGAGCGCGUUGAGACGCACGGCGCGCACCGCGCUGCGCGCCGCGCGCGCGGUGACGACGACACACGCGGGAUGGAUGCCGAAGACGGCGAGCGAGACGCGCACCGCGCUGAGCGCGCCGCAGAUGGCGAUCCGCGCGCUCGCCACCGGACCGGCGCGACACGAGAAGACGAUCAGCGAUGAUCUCUUGCACAAGCUCGGAGAUCUGAGCACGCAAGCCCUGAUCGAUGGGUUGUGGGUGCUCGGCUGGCCGACGAGCCACGUGAUGGGCGCGCGACCGCUCACGGAGGGGCAGAAAAAGUUGGUCGGUAGAGCGGUGACGCUGCGAUUCGUGCCGCAGAGGCCGGACAUUGCGGCGAGUAAGCCGGCGGGGACGGAAUCGCCCGAGUACGAAGCGUUCGAGCAGACGGGUCCGAACGAGUGCGUCGUGAUGGAAUCCGUCGGACCGUGGGAAUCCGUCGGCGGCGACAUCAAGUUUUUGCGAUUGAAGCAAUUAGGAUGCGCUGGAUUGGUGACGGACGGGAGCGUGAGAGAUACCGCGGUUUUGCGCGAGUACGGCUUCCCGGUGUUCUCGAUCUCGACGACGCCGCGUCAAGGGCCGCACGUGCACCAGCCUUGGGAGGCGAAUGGCGUCAUUGUCUGCGGCGGCAUCGUCGUCAGACCGGGUGACGCGGUGAUCGGCGACCAAGACGGUGUGGUUAUCGUCCCGGCGUCUCACGCACAAGAGGUGUACGACAUCGCGCACUCUCGCGAGAUUGUUGAGGGCAUCGUGAAGGAUGAGUUGACCGCGAACCCAGGACCGCCGGGUAAGUUUUAUCCGUUUGUCUCCGGAAAGAUCAAAAAGGAUUCUCCGCUCUGCAAGCUCCUCGCGAGCAAGGGCUACGACUCGAGCAAGUUUGCGCACACCGCGGCCAACCCGGGCGCGCGCGCCGGCAUCGGUGGCAUCCCUAAGAGCCGCAACACGCUCGGCUCCCGUCGCGGCAUGAGCACGCAACAAGUUCGCCACAAAUCGUACAUGCGUACCGACGCCGAGUACAAUCGCGUCCUCGAGGAGUUCGCGAAACACAAGGCGUGCGCUGUUCUCCGCACCAGCGUCGAAGGUGCGGCGUACAACGCCAUGGAUGCCGCCGUCCGAGGCGGUUUCAAGCUCGCCGAGUUCACCCUCACCACGCCGGGCUGCCUCGACGCUGUCUCUCGCUUUGCCGAUCGCACCGACGUCUUGACCGGCUGCGGUACCAUCUUGAACAUUGAUGAUGCCAAGAUGGCGUUGGACGCGGGUUCCAAGUUCAUUGUUGCUCCGAUUUUGGUUCCGGAAGUUGUCGAAUGGUGCGCAGCAAACAAGAUUGUUUGCAUCCCGGGUUGCCAAACGCCGAGUGAGCUUUACAGAGCGUACACGCUCGGUGCUCCGGUUCAAAAGCUCUUCCCGGGCGUUGCCGGUGGUCCGAACUGGGUCCGUGCUGUAGCGAACGCGCUGCCGAUGCUCCGCAUCAACCCGACGUCUGGCGUUGAAAUCGACACCGCGGCGGAUUUCUUGCGUGCGGGUGCCAGCUCUCUCGGCUUCGUCGCUCCGGCGUUCGACCAAAACGCCAUCAAGGCGGGUGAUUGGGACACGAUCUCUGAGACAGCGCGUCGCAUUGAUGCCGCCGUUAAGGCCGCGUGA